UUGUGCUAGUUUUUAUUAAAAAAUAAGCGAAUUAGUAGUCUAAAUAUUAUAGUUAUUAUUAAAAUAAGCAAACAUGUCCAAAAAGGCACCAGAUUCUGGUAGAAGCAUGAUGGUUUUUGAAGUGAACCCUACAGAGUGUCCCUUCAGAGAGUUUCGAGAUAAUGAACUCCAAACAGAAUUUUGGGGACUGGGUCCUGCGGCAUUUAGAGCUGCACUUCAUGUAAGCAAAAUAGCAGCUAAAAGUCCAGCAGAUCACGUUUGGGUGGACGAGCAGACGCAACCACUGCCCAGAUCAGUCCGUCAAUAUCUACACGGGUGGGUGAGAGCCGAGGACCUUGCUAUGAGUCGAUGGGAGGCAGAGGUUAUUGUAUUUGAGGAAAACAAUGGUGGCAAGAUGGUCAGUACGGAUAUCCAGCUCAGUCAUACACAAGUUCUUCUAAGGUCGUCGUUUUGCAGGAAAGUGAUGUCUGCAUGUUUUAUACUGGAAAGGGUCGAAGGCCUUAUUGUGGAGCAUCAAUGGGAAAACUUUGUGUUUUCCUUUGCUCCUGAAGGUUGGAGAGCGAAGUACCACAUCUAUUCACCAGGCAUGAAACCCGGCGGUGGCCAGCAACACAGACCAGGGCUGUCCAAAACUGGUUGUUAUCUAGUUCGUUUGUUCUACCUCGGCGCGUGGAGAUGCGUCUGGGUGAGCGACCAGGUACCGGUGGACGCGACUGGUUCCCCCCUUCUCCCAUUUUCUCCUCUCUCUACGCACACAACUACCGCCAAGCCUGGCAUGAAGCCAGUACCCACUACUGUUACUGCGAAUGAGGUUUACUUGUGGCCUCUUCUUCUUUGUAAGGCGCUUUUGAAGCUGGCGGCCCCGGACAUGAAUUCCGACGAGGAUACCGAUAGCUUGGAAGACGAAGCUAUGCCAGAAUUUGAUAUAAUGCACUCACUUACUGGCGGCGUUAAUUUGACUUAUAACGUUAAUGAUCUGGAGGAACUAUGGUACCUAAUUACGUCAGAAAUUCCCGUAUUUGCAUGGGAUGACGAUGACGAUACAUUAACAAGUACAGUAAAGUCUAAAAGUACAAAGAAAGUAGCUGCUAAAGAAACCACAGUUGUUAAGCGAGGGUCUAUGGUCUACAUCACUAUCGGGGACACAAAGAAUCAGCCUCCUUAUGCCUUGCCGGGAAUCACGCCGGGACACGAGAUGACUCUCCUUGCUACCAUGGCUAGAGAUCUUCCUUUGAAGAAACCACUUCCAGAACCAGAGGUGGCAUACUGGAAAUACUACCGUUGGGUAGAUUGGGCACGAAGACACGGUCUCUACGAAGCUUACGACUGUCCACGCACCAGGUUCUUGAAAGUAAACGGUCUAUUGAAACUCUCGUACGCGCCUCAUCUUCUUGACGUCCAAAGCACAGAAUCUAUUACCUUCGGCUUCCGAGAGGAGCACGACAAAACCAAUGCUCCGGUAAAGAAAAAUCCGAAAGAUUUGAACCGAUCAAACACGGCCAUAUCGGCGGCGAAUCAGCAACUGAAAGAAGAAAUGCGCGAAUGGAUUCAAUUUGAUCCGUUAAAAAACUUGGUAAAACAGAUCAAUAUGCUGUAUUACCCGUCAAUGUAUGAAUUCACAUCGGCGUCCAGCAAUCCGCCCAUUCGAAUAACUAAAGGUCCUCCGAAUAAAGCAAUCGAUAUCGCUGCACCGAAGUCCGCACCCCUGUAUUUACAAAUAGAUGGUCCAGAGGAAAAUGAGCUUUGUAUAUCACUGAAUGUUCUACAUCCGAGGGUCUUAUUCAAUUGCGGUGUGCCCGUAGUAGAUUAUAUAGAACCAGGUUAUCUAAUCAUGGAGAGGUUUGAAUGGUUUGUGGACAGCGAACUGCCGGUGGCAAAGGCUUUUGUGGCAACGCGCGGAUACGAUUCGGUCGAAGUUAAGUUUCAACCUGGAAGACAUUUUUGCAGGAUUUGGGUGCACUCCCGAAUGAAUUGGCACAUGAUGCUUCUGAGUGAAUCAACGCUCUUGUUGGGCACUCGAGAUGUAAUCCAAUGCGCCGCUGUCAGAGAGUGUCCUUGGGCUGCUAAAUUUCUGACAGCCCUUGGCAUUGCCUUCACGAACUGGACAAGAAUCAAUAGAUCGAAUCCAAAUAUUACAGCCACUGAUAGAGAAUUUUACAAGUCAUAUCUACCAGAUCUAGCUUGGGAUCCCGAAAUGGUGGGAUAUGACAUAGCUUUCGUCCACUGGAUGUUCAGGCAAGCGUUGCAAUCGCUUCUCUUAAAAAGACUGCAACCUGCUGAGCAUCGAGCCGUGUGCAUGGUGCUGCGACGGUAUUUAUGUGAUCCUGACUUUGGUCUGCCUCCGAAGCCUCUGCCACCGAAAUCAUUGAGAAAUAUUAUCGACAUGGAUCCAUGCGAUUGUUUAAUACCGGAAUCCGAAGAAAUUGAGAUUACAGAAGCGAUGAUGGAGGAGCAGGCAGCAGAAGAAAAGUCUUUAGUAGAUCCUAUUACAAUGGAAAAACUUCUUACACCCCCCACGGAACCAGUUACCUCACAAAUCUGUGAAUUAGCAACUGAGGAACUGCCUUGUGGUAUUCUAAAAGAUGAGCGAGAGAAAGUUGUUAAAAAGCACGAGGCGGCAACGUACAUACAAGCGCAUUGGAGGGGAACGUGGGCUAGGAAAUGUCUCACAUCCCAUUAUACUUUCACAGCUGAUGUAAUGAAAUCGGUAAUGGAAAAUGCGUUCGGCAAUUUAGACGUACUAUCGGCUUUGAUGAACGAAUUCUUUGCGAUGUACCCGGGCACGAAAUACGCUUAUUCCGUCGCUUCGGCGCUCAGCGGAGUGCACGGCUUGCAGCAACACAGCGGUGCCACACAAAUCACGCCCAAGUGCAAAUGGAUCCCUUAUUUUCAAGGAGUGUUCUAUUGUCACGCUCCUGUCAAAGUGCAUUUUGAUGUCCAUAGCACUCUUCAGUACAGCACGUUGGCUGUGUAUAAUAAUGAUACUGGGAUGCAACUACCUCAAGUCUAUAAUGCGCAUAUUACUUUCGACUUUUCACCUAACAAUCAUGGAUAUACAGUCAUGGGCCACGGAACCCUAGCCCAAGUCUCAGGAACCUAUUACGAUUGUCAUUGGCAGCUCACGGUGCUCUCAUCCACCAACGACAUCUUUCAUAUCUGCGACAACGACUUCGAAUCUUGCAAGGAAAUGUCACUACCCGCUGCAAAUAAACUGCAUGUAGACGAAAUAUUUAUACCGAACAGAAGAAAUAUAUUAGGCGGCAUACAAAUUUCAGUUUCUAAAUAUGAAGCUGUUAGUUUCAGAGUUGCGGCCACUUCUCCUGACUUGGAGAUGGUAGCUGUUCUGCGAACACAGAAAACAAAUGGUGAAGUGGAGGAGUUAGCUCGGUGUUGCGGCAAGGGAGAAAUAAACUGGCCGUACUUACGACUAAAGCCCUCUCCGCCACCAGAACUGAAUCAAGCGAAGAAGAGAUCUACGUCACAGUCUAACUUAUCAACGGCUGUUAAAGAGGUUGGGCUGACGAGCGCACGUUCUCUGAAAUCACCAGCAAAACCUGCGAAACCAACAAUCGCUGCUAAAAAUAAAUCAUCUACAAAGUUGAAAGAUCAAAAGGGAGCACCGGUGGAACCGAAGCAAUAUACGAUUCAGGUCAUAGCACCAACUGGAUGGCCUCUCACGUUGGCUCAGUGGGUGAGAGUAGACGAAGUACGCAACUCACACGAUUACAAGCUCGAUAUCAUUAAGAAACCUGCAAAAGAAAAGGUCACUUCAGCAAAGGAUAAAGAUAAAGUUCCAUCGCCAGUACCAGGACAUCAGCCGCAGCCUGGAGAUGCAUACGUAGAACUGGAAUGUACUGUGGCUAAUGGUGGAGGUGCUGUUGCUAAGCGAGACGAUGAGAGAGACAUUGAGUUCGCUACUGCAAGGAAAAUGUGGGAUGCUAACGAACCUGGCAGGAAUGCACGAGGAGCGCAAAUUAGAAAGGAAUUCCGUGCAGAGUUUCUUGAAGCGUUGCCACCACCGCCAUCCGACAGUGUGCACACAUUAGCUGAGGAAGGUUUUGGAGAGGAAGUUGAGGGUGAAGAGGUGAAAAAAGAAGAACCCCAAAUGCAAACGCAGCAGGGCCCGACGCCAGCAACGGAAAGUGGGCUGUUAGAAAUGACAGUUGAGAGUGAGGAAGAAGCCAAAUAUCUCACGAUGCCAGAACAAUUGAAAGAUAAAUUCAUACCUUUAUACUUCUUGCCGUUCUGCAUGAAGGAAAAAGAUGAAGAAUUGAGCGUCUUGUUAACACCUGACAUGACCGAAGCCGCGAAGAAAGAACGCCACACGCGCAUCGAAUCUGCAAUGGAAAGAAUGCGUGAACUGCAGUUAUUUAACGAGACUCACGUAUUGGGUAGACAGAAGUGUAGGAGUCAAUUACUAGAAAGACUUUACGUAGAUUCCCAAUGGUCGCCAGAACUCCUCCAAGUAUUAGAAGAAAGAGACGACGCUAUCGCUCGUGAAACUCUAAACAGAACUUUAUCGGCUACAAAGAAGAAACAAGAUUCUAAGAAGAAAUAAUAAAGAUAAGAUUUAUUCUAUUUUGUCGUAAGAAAAUGAAUUUAAGUUUUUAUUGUUACAUAUAAGUAGAUUUUCAAGUGGUAUUACUAGUUUGUUAUUUAUUUAAAUGUGCUU